CUCCGAAGGGUAGGCUGGGCAACUCAUCUGCAGGGGCUAGAUCUGAUCAGAACUAAGGAGCUGGUUUCGCCGAUCUGGGACAACGAGCCGACUCUGCAGGCCCUCUGGCAGAGCUUUCAGCGUAAUGCUCAGCAGGCUCGCUAUACUGCAGUUGCAUCUGUUGUUAGCUAUUCUGUCCUCUUCGAGAUCAAUCGGAAGAAUAAGCAUAUCAAGCCUAAACAGCCAUUCGAUAGCUGA